AUGUUUGGACGGGUGUCGGCGCCGGCCACAGUCCCGAUGGAGACUAGGAGACAGACGACGGCGGAGGAGGCGUUUGCGACGGCCGGCGGCGGGAUGGCUUGGAGCGGGAGCGGUGAGGACGGCGCCGGGGGGGAGUGGGGCGGGGACAGGGAGGGGCCCGCGGUGCCGUUGCCGCACGAGCACGGCGUGCCGUACUGGCAUCCCGGAGCUUCUUCCGCUGUGGCACUGAGACGGCGGUUGAUGGAAGCUGGCGGGGAGCGGAGCAAGGGCCGUCGCGGUGCGGCCCCGGCCGGCGUGUUUUUGAGGGAGGACGGCUUUCCGGUCGGCGACGAAGGGCAGCAGGUCGCACAUCCCUCAAGCCGCGAUGGCGGGCGUGACCGGCGGCAGCAACAGUUGCACGAGCAGCAGCAGCCGCGCCACGGCUACCUGCACCAGCGACAGCAACGGCGGCAUUCGGACACCGGCAUCGAGAACCGUGAGCUCUGGCAAGAAGGUUCGGAAGAACGUCGGCCCUACGGGUGGUGAUAAUCCUGCGGUCCCGAGGAUUGAAAUCCCGCUACGCUUCAGACGUACACGUAAUUGUGACCCGUCUAGGGAAAAGCGUUGAGGUCACCAAGGGCGAUCGAAGCGUCGCAGGCUGCAGCAGCAAUUUUGAGGGGUAAAGAUGCGGCAGCAGCUGUACAUCAAGGCGCUGCAACAGCCGUGCCAACAAGCCUGGGCGGUAUUGUGUCGGUUGGGGUAACAACCGCUUGCGAGGCAACAUGAUAUAGGAUUAGCGGGAGGGAGCACCAUCGACGUCGGUAGCGUGAACAACGGUAGUGGUAGAGACUGGCGUGAACAACGGUAGUAGUGUGGUAGAGAUUGCGAACGACCGCUGUGAGGUGCGAGUUACGCACGCGAACAGCCGCGCGACGCGUUCAGGGGGGGGGGACUCCGGGAUGCCACCGUUCAAAAGGAGGCGGAGCACAUUGAUACCGAAGCGCAGCGGAGCAAGCGGAGCGUUUGCCGGUCUAGACUUUUAGACUUGCCCCUUCCCCCCGCUUCCCCUUUAUUCCUAACUAUGUUGCUGAGCAACAACAGAGUAGUAUCGGGGCUGAUUUCCUGGAAGCAUUUGCGAGUUGCGAGGUGCCAGCGAGUAGAAUGGGUUCCCGCCGGAAAACACCCCUUUCCGCCCGACAAUCAGGGUUGAAAGUAUAGCAUGGCUGCAGUGAACCGCAAAGUGUCCUCAGGAGGGAGUGUUCGUUAGAGGCAAACGUUACUUGUGUAUUUUUGAAAGCUCGAGGGAACAUGUUCAGCUUUGUGUUUUUUUUAUACAUGGCGUGUGUUUUGUGGCUAUUUGUAGGUAACACAGCAGUGUGAUACAACAUGGUAUGUACGUUUGC